AUGUUCAACUAUCUCGCCUAUCCUUGGCAAAACCACCAGUUUCACCUCGUCCCCCAAAAUCCUUAUCCUGCCCCCCCUCCCCCACCUCCCAUCCCUCAUAAAGUGUGGAUUUUGGACUGCAAAUCAUGCGAUACAUUUCUCACAAAUCGCGGGAUGAAGGCCGUUUUACUUCUUCGUCCCAAUGUAUCGCUCUAUUCCUCUGACGCCCUACCCGUCAACUGUUCUGCCCUCACAAACUCAAAUUUUACGGCGGCGAAACCACCCUGUCGCCCAAAUCCUUCCCCAGUUCCUGCCAGAACAUGUGGAUGUCUUACACAAACACUUCAUUGCCAUGGAUGUGGAAACGCCGUUGGUUAUAUGAUCGUCAUACCAUGUUCCCGCUGCACUUCCUCUAUUACGGCAACGAACCGCGCGACUAAUGGUCACCGCUUCGUCUUUCAUGCAAGUGAAAUUUCAGGCACCGAACGGCAUUAUAUCCCAGAUGAGCCAGGCGUGAUUCCUUUUGAUCCCCCCCUCAUCGCGGUCCCCGCUUCCCCGAUGGUCUCUACUUCUCAGCCUCUUGUCUACCCAACGCCGUACAUGACAUCUAGAGAGUCCUAUUUUUCACGACAUUUUCAAACCGCCCAUCCCAGCGGGCCUUCUACCCCGUCAGUUCAGUCGGAUUUCCUUCCAACGCCUCCUCUGGAGUUUGCGCACCCUGUAAUCGCUUCUAUGCACCAGGAACCGCAUCCACAUUCUGUCGGCUUAGAUUAUUCACACCGCCUGCCUCCGCAGCUCUAUCUUCAGACUCGCCCGCCGCACAGAUAUCAGUCCCCCACUGGGCCCAACCCAAUAUUUUACCACCCCACGGCGUCCCGACCCACAUCCCCUGAUUCUUCUUCGUCCAGCGAGGGUAGCCCUUCUCUCACAAAUCCGUCAUUUCCUUACACGGAUCAGAAGGAACGAUCUUUACCGCGAACUCUGAAAGCCAAUGACGUGCUUUUUUGGCAUCAUCUCGCUCGGAGUGGAGAGAUACCCGCGGUUACGGAAGAUGCGCGGGCGCGAGGACCCCCGCGUGAAGCUGCUGCCGACGCUAAGCCUGUCGGUCGAGUAAUGUUUAACAGAUGA